AUGGCGGACCUCCUGCCAGACUCGGCACAGGAUUCCCUGUCAGCCUCUGAAGACGAAGACAUAGGACUUUUGGCUGCUUCAAAUCCACUCAGCAAGGGUAGGGCUGUGCCUUCCAAGAGACCCGAACCCCCCCUGGCUACUAAAGCGGAUCUCAAAAACAUGUUGUCAGAGCUCAAGGCCUUCUUUGCUUCGGAGUUGGCUGUGCUGAAGGAAGACCUCAACAAUCUAACAGGCCGGAUGAGGGCUACAGAGGAAGAUGUCCACGACCUAAAAAUUAAGAAAGACACCUAA